GCGUGCGCGAGACCACGUUUUAAACCAAGCGGCCCCGAAAACACGCUAAACCGCCUCUACUCUAUUCUUCAAGCGGAUCACAACAGUUUGGACUUGCAUAUCGUCCGUCCCUGUCGUGUGCGCGUGUGCGGAGGAAAGUUUUGAUGCUCUCGUUCUACUUGUAAAAGGUGUGUGCCGCUCUUCCCCCUUGACCUCCCACAUCGCGGUCAACCGUCUCCAGCUCGCCAGCCUUCCCUUCCCUCCAUCGGACCAAUGGGACUGGACAAACUUGUGAGAUUUGGGAAGCAGUUGCUGAGGGUCAAAGUGGUGGACUGUAACACGGAUGAUUCUCGGCUGUCGCGAUGCCUGAACACUUUAGACCUUGUGGCGCUGGGGGUGGGCAGCACGCUGGGGGCCGGCGUCUACGUGCUUGCGGGUGCUGUUGCACGGGAGAAUUCAGGUCCCGCCAUAGUGCUGUCUUUCCUGAUAGCAGCUUUAGCAUCGGUCCUAGCCGGCUUGUGCUACGCUGAAUUUGGAGCUCGUGUUCCCAAGACAGGGUCAGCUUAUCUGUACUCUUAUGUGACUGUUGGCGAACUCUGGGCCUUCAUAACUGGCUGGAACCUCAUCCUUGCCUAUAUCAUUGGUACUGCAAGUGUGGCCAGAGCAUGGAGUGCUACCUUUGAUGAGUUAAUAGGAAAGCGGAUAGAGGAGUUCUGCAGAGGGUACAUGCACAUGAAUGCACCGGGAGUCCUGGCAGAAUACCCUGACUUGUUUGCUGUAGUCAUCAUUAUCACCCUCACCGGUCUGCUGGCAUUUGGAGUGAAAGAGUCUGCAAUGGUCAACAAGGUUUUUACGUGUAUCAACAUGCUAGUCCUGUUGUUCAUGGUGAUCUCUGGCCUGGUCAAAGGUACUUUGAAGAACUGGUACCUGGACCCCAAUGAAAUCCUGCGUGCAUUUAACAGCAGUAACUACACCCACAAUUUUACAGAUGUCAUGCCAACUACAGAAGAACUAGGUGCCGGUGGGUUCAUGCCAUUUGGUAUCACGGGCGUCCUGUCUGGAGCUGCUACCUGUUUCUAUGCAUUUGUUGGAUUUGACUGCAUAGCAACAACAGGAGAAGAGGCGAAGAACCCCCAGCGAGCAAUCCCGAUUGGCAUUGUGUCAUCGCUGCUGAUCUGCUUUGUGGCGUACUUCUGCGUUUCUGGCGCGCUCACGCUCAUGAUGCCGUACUACCUGCUUGACAGCAAUAGCCCCCUGCCCGUUGCUUUUAAGUACGUGGGCUGGGAAGGAGCCAAAUAUGCCGUGGCUGUCGGCUCCCUUUGCGCACUGUCCACAAGCCUGCUGGGCUCUAUGUUUCCGAUGCCCCGUGUCAUCUGGGCUAUGGCUGACGACGGGCUGCUUUUCGAGUUCUUGGCCAAGAUCAGCCCGCGCAGCAAAACCCCAUUAACUGCAACCCUCACCUCUGGCAUAGUGGCAGCUAUCAUGGCAUUUCUGUUUGACCUGAAGGAUCUGGUGGACCUGAUGUCCAUAGGCACACUGCUGGCCUACACAUUAGUGGCUGCCUGCGUCUUGGUACUAAGGUACCAGCCCGAGCAGCCCAGUCCGGUCUAUCAGAUGGCCAAUAUGCAGGAGGAGCUGGAGCAGAAUGAGGGCAGUAUGGGCAUCCUACCCGGUAUAGAGGAGAGGUUCAGCUUCAAGACGUUGUUCUUCCCGGACAACCUCGAUCCCACCUCCCUUUCAGGCUUCACGGUCAACAUCUGUGCCUCUGUCAUGGGCCUGCUGAUCCUGAUGUUCAGUGCACUGGCUGUCCAGGGAGGCUCAACUUUGUUGAACAUUGUAUUCCUCAUUAUCAUCUUUAUCAUUUGCCUCCUCCUCACUUGUAUUGUCUGGAGACAGCCACAGAGCAAAACAAAGCUCUCUUUUAAGGUUCCACUGGUCCCUAUUCUUCCUGUGAUCAGCAUGUUUGUUAACGUCUACCUGAUGAUGCAGCUAGACAGGGGCACUUGGAUACGUUUUUCUAUCUGGAUGGCUUUAGGUUUUUUGAUCUACUUUUGCUACGGCAUCCAUCACAGCGCCGAGGCGACGGCGCCCCGCUCGUCUCCAGAAACGGAAAUGAACGGCUUCAAGCGUGACCGAGAUUCCGUAUCAACGACACCCGAAAAGGAGGCCUUCCUUCACAACGGCAUCGAGGUCAUGGAUGAUGAUGACGGAGACGUGUAGGGAUCUUUGUUUUGCAUACACAACGACCUGCUCUGGCAACGGUGUGUCUGUAUAAUUCGGCUGGCGUAUCGGCCAGUCCUUCAAGUAACGAUUUGGGAAUGUUUAAACUAAGAUAUUCAAUCACAGGAUUUGUGAAGCUGCACAAUGAUGUAUUGAAUAUUGUGCUGAAAUAUGAGGGUUCAAUUGGUAUUAUGGAGCUUGACAGUUCCUGGGUUACCAUAGUAUUUGCUUGUCUGGGUCAGAUAAUGUCCACAAGCAAGUAAUUACCAACUUCUUUUAUUCCCUUUCAAUGAAACCAAUUUUAUGUGUAUUAACAGUGUUAAACAAGUUCCAAAAUGUUACUAGUUAUUGUCAAUUGAACAUAAUGUUAUAGUAGGGGCUCUGAAUAGGUGUACAUUACACUACUUGUACAUUUGAGUUACUUUCACCAAAAACACUACAGAAUUGUAAAGCAUGAAAAUAAUCUUUAAUAGCUUUUAACAAGACCAUAAUAUUUGUUAAACAAUUUUAAUAAGCCUACUCCCCUUUGUAAUGUGGAAAUAUCAUCAGGGGAAAUCUUAUCCCCCCAAAAAAAUCGUAUUUACUUUGUUUCAAAUAUUGGGCCUUAAAACAACAGCAAAAUAUAUAAAUCUGCCAGCCAUUAGAAAAACAAACUUGAUGCCGAUAAUACCGAUGAACGGAUGCAAUGACGUAUGAAUAAUAACUGAAAAGUCCGUCGGAUGGGCGGGAUUUAAACCGCCUUUCAUUUUGACAGAUAUACUAUAAUCCCAGAUUAUAAAAAAAAAAUGUUGGUCCAACAAUUGAACAUGUCCAAGAAAAGCAACCUCUGGUCACCCCCAGUGCAUUGUUACAUGCAUAGUGAUUGUAAUGUGAUUACUUCUGUCACACGUUGCUGGGUUCCAACACUGUGGACACAUUUCCUGACAUGCAGCAGUACAUGCUAUACUUGCCAAAACUUAUGUAAGUGAUGUUGAAAUGUUCUCCCACUUCUGGCAGGACACUCCAACACAAAUAGCUCAUCUCUAAUAUUGCUGUCCUUCACUUGCAGCACAAAUGGCUGCCACCUGUUAGGGCAGCAGCAGAGGAUGCAGGUCAUACAAGGAUCAGGUGUCCAAAAUAAGGUCACAAGUAGGAGUUCUAGUUCUAGUAGUACUUCUAGUUUGGAUGUCAUUGAUGAAUCUAUGACUAGUGCUGAGCAUUGCAUUUGAGCAUUUUCACAGUGCUGGCUGCUGUGUCCUUUUUAGCACGUGUGCUUGUUACAUUGUGUUGUUGUCGUUUUCCCAGACGUAAUGUGAAAGAAACAAUGCCU